AUGCCUACGAUUAAUCCCCAGCUGAAAAUUUCAGCAAGCUGUAAGCGGGAUUUAUCAGCAAAUCGCAAUGAAGCGUAUGAUGAAGAAAAGUCAGAUGUGAUAAAUGAAAGAGAUGAUAAAAUUGCCGGCAACAAUAUCAGCAGCAUCAAUAAAGAUAGUACUCUCAUUCGAAAUAUGCAGUACGACGAUUACUUGCGGCGUAAAGUAUCUGAGUUACAUAGUCAUAUAAGCAGCAGUCAUGUACAGCGAAAUGCAUCAGAUACAUCCUUGUUGUGGGCGGUCCGGGAGGACGAUGAGAUAAUAAAAGAAGACAGUGAAAGGGUAUCGAACAACGAAUUGGAUCUUUUUAGUGACAACACGUCAGAUCAGGUUGUAGAUCCGUCAGUAGUCCCGGGUAACCUUCGAAAUGCAAGGGCAAGGUCGGCUUAUCAAAUUAUGAAAGAGUAUUUAAGUCAAGGUUGUGUUGAAUCAACACAUGAAAACAGUGGCAAGAAAGUAGGAUCCCAAGAGAACAGUGGUGGAGGAGUUACACAUUUUCUUCAAGUUUCACAGAUCAAGGCAAAGAAAAAACCCACAAUAUCUACACCUUCAGAACAACAGAUAGACAAACAGAAAGAGAGAAUAAAUUCAACUGUGAUGGAUAACACAUCAAAACCAUCUAAUAUUUAUUCAAAAUCUCUUUACAGCAGGAAAUUGGGCCUUUUAUGCCCUGCUAUUGAAGAUUGUGUUCCUCUCUUCAAGGGUUUUCGCAUCCAGGGUAAAGUCAAAAGUGACCUCAGUAUAAAUAUAGCACCAUAUCCGCUGAAACCUUCUAAAGAUCACCUUUCACCUUACCAACCGAACUCUUCUGCUGCAAGAAUCAAAAACUACAAAAGGGCGGCCCACAGCUUUGAGCGAGUGGUUAGGAGAAAAGCUUUGCAGGGAGAUGAACAGACAACACUGAAAAAGGUUUAUCUCACAAAAAUACAGUCUGAUGAUCAAGAUAGAGCCAGCAAUGAUCAGUCUAGUUCUAAACCUGAUCAACAAUCAAGCUGUGAGAAUAGUUCAGUUUUGGCAGAGAGUAAGCCUGCAGAGGCCAAGCAUCGGAGACCUAAACCCGAAGCCAAAACUUCUCAGAGAGAAAGAACAAACAGUGAAGAAAGCAAACAAUCAAAAAUACAGUCUAAAGUGAUGAGGUACGAGAUGAAGAGGCAACAAAGAAGGGAGAUUUAUGCCUUGAACAAAGUGAUGACAGACCUGGAAAAUGAGCGAUUCAUCCUCUUCAUGCAGGAAGUGAACUCCAACACACCUGUCAUUUAG